AGAACCCCUAUCUGAAAUCCUCCAUGUCUCUGUUAUAUCCGGCAACUCGAAGCUAUUAGAUUAGGAUGGCUGAUGUCAUCCACUAUCCCGAGGAACCCGUCUCCAUCAAGCUGAAAAAAGUAUGGGUAGAUCUCGAAUGUGACUUGUCAAUGCUUUUCGCUAAGGGGGCGAGAUAAGGGUAGUAUUUUCUCGCUCUUUUUUCACUUUUCUUGAAGAGAUCUGCUAUUUCCUCAGAUCUCUGUUUAUUGUUACCUAGAUUCACGGCGAGCUGAUGUUUGAAUACGCGAUCGUCGAAGAUACUGGAGCAUAUCGUAUACCAUAGACUAUGAUAUCUUGAGCGCCUCAUUGAUUAUACACUAUACCAUUAUACCAUUAUACCCUUCAUAACACUCUCCCUUUUUCUCUAUUUAGUUCUCAAGUAAAGUGAUCGCACUUCACAUGUUUAAAAUGUCCACCACUCCGACCCAAGUCCUAAAGCCGCACUCCCCAUCCACAAACUACCACCAAUCCGUUGCAGACCCCCUCGCGCACUUCCAAGCGAUACCAUGGUGUGCCGCGCUCCUCUCCGACCCAAGCAACAUCCAAGUUGCCGUCCCGGACCGAAAACUACUCCCCAACAACGAAUCGAGCUUCGUGCAUAAGGUGAUGAACAGUCCGACCACCGUCCGCGCCUGUGUAACCUUCAUCCGACUGGUCAAGCCCUCUAGAUCCCAGACCAAAUCCUCUCUUCCGCCAAGUUCAGGGGCAAACAAAACCAGCAAUGGGGAAGAAACCACAAAAAAGGACCCGAAGGCAAGCCCUGCCAUCUUCAGCGGCGGCGGCAGGGAAAACGGCGAAGACCCGCGAAACCCAUUCCUGUUGCUCCACGCCCUAGCCGAGCUAGGCGUCGACUGCCAAAGUUUCCCGGGGAUAAUGCACGGCGGGCUGUACGGUGUGUUAUUAGACGAAGUUAUGGGGACAGCGGCGAAUUCACAAACCGCAAACGGAGCCUACACAGUCCGCUUCACAACGAACUUCCGACGCGCCGUCCGAACACCGCAGAUCGUCCUGAUCAGAGGCCGAGUCGUGCGGAAGGAAGGGCGUAAACUCCACGUCAGGGGCACGAUCGAAGAUAAAGACGGAAACAUAAUGGCCGAAGGCGACGGCCUCUGGCUCGACCGAAACAUCGGCCAAAGCAAGCUAUAAGCACGAAAUCUCCCAUCCCAGGACCCGAACCGACCAUACCUACCAUCACACCAAGUAAACGACGAGCAAAGACAAGAGUAGCAUAUACAUAUCCCCUAGGCAGCAAAGUACGGAGUUGAGGCACGGUUGAUAAAUUCCAAUAAUCCACAUACACCUCUGUAACCGAGCAAGCGAGA